AUGCCUCCGGGGCCCGCAUUUAACUGGUUCUGCGUAGCAUCCUCAGUCGUUGACAUCUUGUCCAAUGCUGCUCGCAUCAGAGCUACCCAAGUCACUUCCAGAACGGGAACGAGGGUCGUAGUGGUGAAUGCGGAACACCAGACACGCAAACAGGAUUUAAAACUCGGGCGAGUAUCAAAAGUCGAGACUCCGCCAUCUCAUUUUCUGGCCACAAGCGAAGUGAAAGUUGAGGCGGAACAUACUUCCUCGAAGCUGAGAGACAGCUCAGAAAGCGAGCCUUCCGUUUUGCUAUCAGAGAUACCCUUGACCCAAGCUGUAGGGACCAGCUUGACCACAGGUCCCACACCGUCAUCGCAGCAGACUAUCCCAUUACCGCAGCAAACUAUCCGGGAAGUCCCACAAGCGACAAUUUUGGGCGAAGAUAUGGUCCAAAUGAGUUACGAGGAAAACAACGCUACUCCUUUACUAGCACAGGAGAGUACUGGUGUGGAUGCAAUCAUCUAUUCGCCCAUUCCUAGUGACGAUCCCACGCCUGCAACGCUUGAGAACCCAGUAGUUCGCCACUUGCAGUCUUCCAAGGUUCCGUCAUCACGAAUAGGACGGCUCUUCCACUAUGGAGGGCUGGCCGCGACACUCGGUUAUGGCGCUGCCUCAGAACUCCUACGACGCACGACAAGCUCCGAAACAAGUCAUUCUCCGUCGCUCAUGUUGACGGAAGGCAACGUUAAGCGUCUCGUAUCGAAGCUAACUCAGCUGCGCGGUGCCGCUUUGAAGCUUGGGCAAUUCAUGAGCAUCCAAGACACCCAUGUUCUCCCACCUGAGAUUGAAGACGUCUUCCGCAGAGUGCAAGACAGCGCGCAUUAUAUGCCUGACUGGCAGAUGGAGGAAGUACUCCGCUCGUCUCUCGGUCCCUCGUGGUCGGAACAUUUCGUGUCUUUCAACCGGCUCCCCUUCGCAGCUGCUUCCAUUGGGCAGGUGCACUCUGCAGUGCUAGCGGCAUCCACCUCGCCCACGGGCCGUCCUGAAAAGGUCGCAGUGAAGAUCCAAUUCCCCAACAUUGUAAAUUCGAUCGACAGUGACUUGGGCUAUGUCAAAAUGUUACUGACGGCGGGAAGCCUGCUGCCGAAGGGGUUGUUCCUUGACAAAACGAUCCAGGUUAUGAAAGAGGAGCUCGCCGACGAAUGCAAUUAUUCUAGAGAGGCUUCGUUCUUGAAAAAAUUUGCCUCCCCGUCGUACCUAGGGAACGACCCCCGCUUCAAAGUUCCCUGGGUCUGGGAAGGUAGCACUGACCGUGUCCUGGUAAUGGAACAUGUCGAUGGUGCAAGCGUUGGUGGCUCUGUGAUCGACUCCUUGAGUCAGCAGGAUCGAGAUGAUAUCGCUGAAGGAAUCAUCGAGCUGUGUCUCCGAGAGCUGUUCGAUUUCCGGCUGAUGCAGACCGAUCCCAACUGGACGAACUUCCUGUGGAACGGUUAUACACGCCAGAUCGAGCUGGUAGACUUCGGCGCCACUCGUGAAUACUCGAAAGAGUUCAUAGACGACUGGCUACAUCUUUUGCAGGCAGCCUCAGAAGACGACCGCGACGCGUGCAUUGCUUGGAGCCUGAAAGUGGGCUACUUGACAGGCGAGGAGAACGAGGUGAUGCUGGACGCGCACGUUAAGUCGAUGACUCUCCUCGCGACACCGUUCAAACCAGACGCAGCACAGCCGUUCGCGUUUGGCCCGGGCUCGCAGUGGGCAGGUAUCACAGCUGAGAUCAGGGAGCAAAUCCCUGUGAUGCUGAGGUAUAGGCUCACGCCGCCUCCCAGGGAGACAUAUAGCCUCAACAGGAAAUUGAGCGGCUCGUUCUUACUUGCAGCACGGCUAAAUGCCUCGGUCAAUUGCAAGGUCUUGUGGGACCGGGUGGUCGACGGAUAUCACUUCGGCUCGAACGAAUAG